AUUGUGAAAGUUACUACGUUUUCAUGGCACGAGCUGCUAUCGGUAAGAUGCCGUGGGAUAAAUACAUUCUGCGUUCAGUGCAAGAGGCACCGCCUGUUCAUCUUCCGCUCUUUCUAUACGGCACAGCGUGGAAGAAAGACCGGACAGCCGACUUGGUGUACCAGGCACUGAAUGCAGGAUUCAGAGCGGUUGAUACGGCUGGUCAGCCAAAGCAUUACCAGGAGGAUUUGGUAGGAGAAGGUAUUCGCAGAGCGAUUCAUGAUGGAAUACUUCGACGGGAAGAUUUAUACAUUCAGACAAAAUUUACGUCCGUUCAAGGGCAGGACCCCAAUAAAAUGCCCUAUGAUCCCAGAACUUCGGUGGCAGAUCAGGUUCAUGCCUCGGUCAAGUCAUCUCUCCACAAUCUUCGCGCGUCAGAUGCCUCGUCGGGUGCUGAAGAUGCUUACAUUGAUACGUUUCUUCUCCACUCGCCUCUGUCCACAAUGGCUGAAACUAUGGAAGCUUGGCUCACGCUCGAAUCAUACGUGCCUCAUCACAUCCGCAACCUGGGUAUAUCAAACUGUACCUUACCAAUCCUGAAGGAACUUUAUGCCCGUGCGACGGUUAAACCGGCUGUGGUCCAGAAUCGCUUCUAUCCUGAUACGCGAUUCGACGUCCCAGUGCGCGCCUUCUGUCGGGCCCACGACAUCAUUUACCAAAGCUUUUGGACUCUGACGGCCAAUCCGGAACUAGUUCGAUCAGAUGCGGUUCAAUCAUUGGCGACUCAGGCCGAGAUCAGUCCUGCAGCAGCAUUAUACUGUCUUGUCCUGGGCCUGGGUAACACAACUGUCCUGAACGGUACGACCAACAGGGCUCGGAUGGAUGCGGAUUUGGCAGCUGUCAGGAAGGUCGAGCAAUUUAGCAAGGACAGUCCCGAUUCAUGGCAGAUGGCACUGGACCAUUUCAAGAGAGUCAUAGGCGACGAUGUGACACUGUAAAGAAGUUGUUCAUUUAUCCCACUGUAUUGAUCUGACAUUCCAUAUUAUGUAUCGGAGUUUGUUCGUCCCUUGCAGGAGGAGUCGCAAAUACGCAGAGGGCACAUGGAAAUCAAUGGAAAUCAAUUGAAGCUUCUAGAUCUGAAGAUCGAAACACAAAGGGAACGCGAGAUAGAGAAGUAUGGGAAAAGCUUCAGAAAAGUUGACCGCAAAUCUUGGAUCAAAGAUAUGCCUUAGGCCAGAAACAGUAAAGACGGCGACACGGUUCUUAUGAUAGCGCUAGAUGAUUGGUCGGCAAAUUAAUUGAAGUGGGCUGGCACUCUGGAUAGGCAAUAGGUGGGCAGUCCCAG